AUGAGGGGAGUGGCGUUGAUGAGGGGGUGGGUUCGACGGCCUUCCUCCAUCUUUUCUCUUUUUGGCAGGAGUGUGAUGCACGGCACGACGACCUUUGCUGUGGCCACACGCACGUAUAUGCCGCUACCGAAUGACCAGAGUGAUUUUUCUCCCUACAUUGAAAUUGACUUGCCGAGCGAGAGCCGCAUUCAGGCGAUAAAUAAAAGCGGCCUCGGCGCCCAAGAUUGGGUGGCCUGCGAGAAGGUGCAUGGCACCAAUUUCGGUAUCUAUCUCAUCAACCUUGGCGACAAGGAAGUGGUGCGAUUCGCGAAGCGUAGUGGGAUUAUGGACCCCAACGAGAACUUUUUUGGGUACCACAUCCUCAUUGACGAGUUCACUGCCCAAAUCCGCAUUUUAAGCGACUUACUGAAGCAAAAGUACGGCUUAGGUCGGAUUGGGCGCGUCGUUCUUAAUGGCGAGCUUUUUGGUGCGAAGUAUAAACAUCCCCUUGUUCCCCCGAGCGAGAAGUGGUGCACAAUGCCGAAUGGGAAACGAUUCCCCAUCGCUGGUGUCCAAAUUCAACGGGAGGCGUUCCCGCAGUACAGCCCCGAGUUACAUUUCUUUGCCUUUGAUAUUAAGUACUCUGUGAGUGGGGCGGAGGAGGACUUUGUGCUGCUUGGAUACGACGAGUUUGUGGAGUUUUGCUCCAAGAUUCCAAAUCUGCUUUACUCCAAAGCACUUGUGCGCGGGACCCUUGACGCAUGCCUGGCGUUUGAUGUGGAGAACUUCCACACCCCUCUGCCGGCACUUUUGGGCCUUGGCAACUACCCGCUGGAGGGGAAUCUCGCGGAGGGCGUGGUCAUCCGACACGUGCAUCGUGGGGAUCCGGCGACUGAAAAGCACAAUGUCGCGACGAUCUUGAAGCUGCGCUGCUCCAGCUUUAUGGAGCUGAAGCACCCGGGCAAGCAGAAGGAGUUGAAGGAAACGUUUAUUGAUACAGUGCGCACAGGGGCUCUGCGACGUGUACGCGGGGACGUUACGGUGAUUGCAGAUUCCAUGCUUCCGCAGGUGGAGGCCGCCGCGAAUAAUUUACUGUUAAACAAUGUGAGCGAUGGUAGGCUUAGCAAUGUUCUUUCCAAGAUUGGGCGGGAACCGUUACUUUCUGGGCAGGUUUCACAGAAUGAUGUUUCCCUAAUGCUUGCCAAGGACGCUCUGAAGGAUUUUCUUAAGGAGGUGGACGCAUUAGUGCUUAACACGAGUCUCGCUUUUCGAAAGAUGCUUAUUUCUAAUGUGUACUUUGAGUCCAAAAGACUCGUUGCGCAGAAAUGGAAGGAACUCAUGAAAGAGGAGGAGACGGCGCAGCAGGAGGCGGAGGCGGCCGCAUUGAAGGCCCCUCCAGUAGCCGCCUGA